GACUAGUUUGUAUUGGUAGACGAGGGUGGUGGUUGCGAGGGGGCGGCUUGUGUUGUUAGUAUCGCUAUGAGGCUGUGCAUGUGAGGGAUGUACCUUGGGUCGUAGGUCGGUUCUUCCAUUGUGAGGGAUGUAUUGUAUAGUUCGAGGGUGGGGUUUUAGGGAAGUUGUAUGGGCCUUCCAGUUUACUUGGACUGUUGGUGCGGGGGAUGGGAUUCCUUUAUGCUUGUGGGAUUGGAUUGGAAAGCGCAAGAGGAAUAGAGUCGGGCUACGAUUUGAGAUUGCCUUUAAUAGCCUGAUAGAAUAGCUUGAGUGUUGAUGCUCGCCGGUUACUCAGGGU